AUGGCAGGGUAUAGGUUUUUCGGCCUUUUGCUUUUGAUGAUAGCGAUGUUGUUUCUUAGGUCGUCAUCAUCAUCUCAAGCAAUAGCAAUGAAAUUUGAUGUUGAUGGCAAAGAUGAAUGGGUGGUGAAACCUUCCGAAGAUUACAAUUAUUGGGCUCAAAGAAACAAGUUUCAUGUCAAUGAUAUUCUCUAUUUCAAGUAUAAGAAAGAAAAUGAUUCGAUUCUUGUGGUGAAGAAGGAUGACUACUAUUCGUGUAACGUCAAUAAUCCCAUGCAUAAGAUGGACGAUGGGGAUUCAACAUUUCAUCUCAACAAAUUGGGUUAUUUUUUCUUCAUCAGUGGCAACGUUGACAGUUGCAAAAAGGGUCAAAAGCUGAUCGUCCAAGUCAUUGCCGUCAAAAACCGACUUCAUCAGGCUGAGCCACCGUCCGAGUCACCAGAAAGUGCCCUGCCACCUCAACAAAUUCACUCUUCCGAUUUGGCUUCUUCCAAAGUUUAUGUCUCAGCAAGGCUUCAAGGCUCAGUUGGUGUGGGGUCUAACAAGUGA